GAAAAAAAAAAGGGUUGGUGAGUCACUUGUUUGAAAUAUCAUCACAUUGUUAAUUUUAUAAAGGAGGGAUUUCAGGGAAUCUUGGAAUCAAAUCUCAGAGAAAAUCAAAGAUCUCAAACCCUAACAGCCGUAUCUCCUUCUUUACUACCAUUACUACACUACCCUCUCCAUUAAUCGAUUCAAUAAUUAAGAAAUUAGCUUUUCAUUAAUCUGAAGAAGAAGAAGAAGGCGGCUCGAUCGAACAUGUUUUCUUUACAACAAGGCGAUGAUCUGGCGUUCCAGAUCUCCUCGAUCGAACAAGAUCUGAUCUCGUCCCACGCUUCUCUGGAAACCACUGGUAUUCUUACCCCACCAAAAAGGAAGAGAAAGAAAUCACUCCUGUACAGUAAUCAUGAUCAUCAAAAAGAAGAUAAGUAUGGGGGGAGUAGUACUUGUACAACUACUGGUAGUAAUGGUAAUAAAGAGAAGAUCAAAAUGACCGCACACAGAGACGUGGAGAGGCUAAGAAGGAAGGAAAUGGCCGAGCUUUACGCAUCGCUGAGGUCUUUACUCCCUCUCGAAUAUGUCAAGGGAAAGCGUUCCAUAAGCGAUCACACGAACGAGUCUGUGAAUUACAUCAAGAAAUUGCAGAAGAAUAUCAACGAACUGAGUAUCAAGAGAGAUAGGUUGAAGAACAUGGCUAAUUCCACUGCGGAUACCGAGGGAAGCACAGAAAGUUGUUCAUCCGGUAGGGUUACGGCGAGCUUGUGCUGGGGUGGUGUGGAGAUUCUGAUCAAUAGUGGGUCCGAAGAGGUAGGGUUCCCCAUGUCAAGAGUGCUUGAAAUUCUGGUUGAAGAAGGGCUUGAUGUUGUUAGCUGUGUUUCCACUCGGAUGGAAAGGAAGUUACUUCACGUGAUUAAAUCUGAGGUCACCACUUCCGCAAAUUGGAUGGUACGUAAGGAUGGCUAGCGGCUUGAAACCGUUUGAAAUGCACAUGGUGCACGCAAGACCAACAACAAAAUGAAAGGGGAUGAAAAAUAUCCAGAAAAUUGCCCUCUGCUUGUUCAAUUUGAAGUUAACUAACCAAGACAUUAGAACUCACCCUUAAAUAAGUGAGCGGGUGCAAAAAUCCGUUUUAUCCACAUGACCAAGCUCAAGACGAGAGACGUGGUGAUCCAUGUCACCCAAGACGAGAGAUGUGGUGAUCCAUGUCACCCAAAAUACGAGGCUGUUUUGGUUAAUACGGGGUGUACCGGCACGUAUCGGGCAAUUUCGUUCAUAUUUUGGAAAUCUCCGAAGUUUUUGUUUAAUUUGAAAAGAAUCAACAAGUCCAGUACCAAAAUACUUGGGGGGAUUUUUUUUAAUCACAAAAAAGGCUUCGACUUUAAGAUAAUUUAUUGAAACUUUGAGUCAAUGUGUAAUUAGUUAUAUCCCUUCACAAGAACAUUUGUCUUGCCGUAGCCUCAGUAAUCUCAAGGGUGCAAAGAGAGAACAAACUCUUAAAAAUCUCAAGCUUUUAACGACCUGGUCAACUCCUUCUGGUUUGAUGUGUUUAGUACGUCAGGUAAUCUGUUCUAUAUUAAUCCUUGCAGGUCAGUCCGACAUGCUUUGAUCUAUCCACGUUGGAAGAAAAGUUGGCUGAGGUUAUUACUGGAAAUGGAUGGUAGGAUUGAAUAUUUCAAGUAACAAAAGUUGGCGUUUGAUCAGCUGUUGUUGGAACCAUCAAUGAUCUGAAAGAACUGAAUCUGAAUCUUCUUAAUUUAAUGUACAAGUAUCUAAUCUUAAACACGUUCAAUAAUUUAGGAAUUAUGGUUUAUUAAUAUUUAUGUCAUUUAGCACGUUUAAUAAUUUAAUGUUUUAUACUGAUAAUAGUUUGAUCAGAGAGAAGCAAAAAAUUGUUGAGGUGAUGAGUUGGAAGAAACAAGCUGACAGGGCAGUAUUUUCUGGGCAGUAAUAUUUAUGUCAUUUUCUGGGUAGAAAUUGUUGAGGUGACAGGGCAGUAUUUUCUGGGCAGUAAUAUAAUAUUUAUGUCAUUUUCUGGGUAGAAA